CUCAAACUUAGAAACCGGAAUUGGAGCUGGUAUUCAAAUCCUUAGUCGAAGUACAAAGAGCGCCCAGAAGAACUAAAUCAUAGUUGUGAAGUUCUUUUUCUUUUUUUUUUUUUUCGCAUCGACAUUCUAACUGCUGUCACUACAUUUGCUGGGGAAUUCCUGACGAGAUUUUACUUGUCCUUCCAUGCUGUUCUUUCUGGGGCUUUCUUGUUUUUCUUUGUGAUCAAGUUCCAGAUGGCUCAGCAGUGCUUCCAAAAUGAAUAUUUUGACAGAUUGCUUAAUGCUUGCAAACCAUGUCACCUUCGAUGCUCUAAUACCCCUCCGGUACCAUGUCAGCAUUAUUGUAAUGCAAUGAAAGGAACAAAUGCAAUUCUCUGGACCUGUUUGGGCCUGAGCUUGAUAGUUUCUUUGACCAUUUUCGUGUUUAUGUUCUUGCUAAGGAAGAUGAAUUCUGAACCAUCAAAGGACGAAUGUAAAAACACAGGAUCGGCUCACCAGAACGAGGCGGAUGCUGACCAGGAGAAGGGCCGUGAUAGCAGGACCAGCGAGGAAGUUCUCUCGAGGGGCCUGGAGUACACAGUAGAAGAAUGUACCUGUGAAGACUGUGUCAAGAGCAAAUCAAAGGUGGAUUCUGACCAUUUCUUUCCACUCCCAGCUAUGGAGGAAGGUGCAACCAUUCUUGUCACCACGAAAACAAGUGACUACUGUAAUAGCCUGCUGGCCAGUGUCACAGAGAUGGAGAAAUCCAUUUUUACCAGAUGAUUAACCAUUUCAACUGGUCAGAGCUGCUUUGAGAAUCUUAACGUCAGAAGGAGUAAUCUCUUUAGGAUGAUUGUACUUAUCAGUUGCGGAUAGAGCUUUUUGUCCUGAUUCUAGAAAAUCUUUAUGUUAGAUGUACUUCCCUACCUUAUUGUUGGGAGCUUACCUGUGGAAAUUUCCUUGGUUUCAUGAUUAAAUUCUUGACUUACUGAAACAAA